UGAUGCUGAUUAUUGCUUAUAAUUAUAUUAUGUGAUUGAAACAUUGAUUUUCUGGCGUGUAAUAAGAUUUGAAGGUCGGUUAGAGUGUGGCGCAAGAUGAGUGAAGCAUUUGAAAGAUACGAGCGGCUAUACUGCGAAGUUUGUGAGAAUUUGUGGAAGAAGUGCGCCUCCGCUAAUGUACUCGAUGGAGAGCAAAGGAAGCAGAAAUUAUGUCAAGUAAAAGCUGGAAUGGACAAUGCAGAAACCUUGAUCAAGGAAAUGGAUGCUGAGGCACGAAGUUUGCAGCCAAAUGUGAAAGCUGUUCUUCUCGCAAAGCUUAGAGAGUAUAAAUCAGAUUUAGAUAAUUUAAAGACUGAAGUAACUAAACAAACCUCAAACUCAAAUCAAGUUGACACAUUACCGGCACUAGCAGAAACACAUGAUCAGACUAGUCAUGAGAUUAGGGAAACCAUUCUAGACACAGAAGAGCUUGAUGUUCCAAUUCUUCAAGAUCUGGAAUCCCAGCCGCAGCAGCCAUUCUUGCAUGCUCAUGCUCAUAAAACGUUACAUGAUGUCGACGACAACAAAGAGAGAAGGAUAUCACGGUGGAUGAGCAGAAACAAGAAGUGGAUUAUUAGUGCAGCAAUAGUUGCGGCUCUUAUUGUUGCUAUUCUCUUGAUUUUGUACUUCAUACUUCCAAAUUAGUCCCCAAACAUAAGCUGCUUUAUCAUGGCUGUAGUAUGUAGUUUAGUGUUCCGUUUCAUUGACUGUGUUUCUCUUCAAUGCCACGCACUUGAGUACUUCUCGGCUGAGUUGUAUCUGGUUCUAUGAAGCUAGCAGCUUGAAAGGAAAGGAAAUGAAAAA